AACAAAAGUUCAUACAAAAACUUCAAGUUCAGGAUUGGAGCCUCCCCUGUGCAUCAGACAUUGAUUAAGGCUCUGAAGAUGGAAUAGUGAAAAACACUGAGCCCUGUUCUUGUGGAGAUAACAUUCUGACUGGAAAGACAGAUAGAUAGGAAAUAUUGCAAGGUUAGGUAAAGAUGCCAGGGAGAGAGGUAGAGGGUGCUCUGCUGUUAUAAGAUGGCACAGGAACCUGAAUAAGGUCAGGUAACAAGCCAGGCCAGGUCUGGGGAAGAGCCUUCAGGGAAGGACAAACACAGCCACUUCCCCAGAGUGGGACGAACAAGACCAGUGUUGGUAGGAGAUAAUACUGAAGGAGAAAUGGGGGUGAGGUUUGUGGCCUCCAAGGGCAGAGGGUAAGGACUCUGGAUUUUAUUGUGAGCAAAACAGAAAGAUUUUAAGAGAGAUUCCAUGGCUGGAUUGGAGAGAGCAAAGGUGGAAGCUCAGAAACCAGUUCAGAGGUUUUCUAGUAGUUUGAGUAAGAGAUUAUGAUGGUUUAGAUGGUCUCACGUGGUAUGGAAGAGGUGAUGAGAAAUGUUCAUGUUUUGGAUUUAUUUAGACAAGAAUUUACUGAUGUUUAGAUGGAAAUGUAGGAAAGAAAGUCGAGGGUGUCUCCUAGAUUUUUGGUCCAAGCAUUUAUUUAGGCAGGAAGAGCACCUGACUGGACUGAAGUAGCACUGAGCAUGUCUGGUCUUUCUGCCCUUCCAUCUGUUCAUGCUCAAGGUAGCUUCCUACAGCACAGAUCUUACAGCACAGUUUGCUUCUGGAAGCUCAUGGCUCCUCGUUGCCUGCACACAGAAGGGUGAAGUCUGUUCAUUGUUUAAUUUGCAGACAUCUUGGUGAGAUCAUAGUAUGAAGCAGCUCUCGUCUUUCUGUGGUAGGAUUUUUUUAAUUGUACAGUAGAUACAGUGUAGUAAACAAAAUAAUUUUAAAGGAUCCUGUAUUGGGAGGAAAAGGUAAGACUGCCAGUUGGGAUUUGGCACCAAAAAGAAACUCUUGCACUGUGUGCAGUUACUAUCGUGGUCACCAAUUCCACUCCAGUUAAAAUAUUAAGAUGUAUGUGUGCAUGUAAUUUACCCACACUUUUGUAAAGGGUAUGAUCACUUCUGUUGACUAGUUGAUAGGCCGGGUGAUCGUGUGUGUGUGUGUGUGUGUGUGUGUGUGUGUGUGAUAGAUGCUGGAUUACAGUGAUGGCCAAAUUACACAGAGGUGUCUCUCUUCUUAAAUUUAAUAGUCCAGUGGGGGGAAGUACCUCUGAAAUAGCCAUUUUCUGCAGAUGAAACACACACAUUCUGCUAGGAGUGUCUGCAUAUUUUGUUUUGGAAUUUGUUAAAUAGUAUCUUAGAGCUAGGGCUAGACUAUCCUUAAUUUCUGUUUGAAACUCCUAAAUAGCAAGAUUCUAAUGAAGUAAUUAUUCCUCUGCCAUACGGCUUAUGUUCAAGUUGGGAUUCACCUUCAGGUUGUCUGAUCUCAGAGCCUUAACCACUAUGCUGUAUAACUUGUUAUGAUCUUAUGAUGAUGAUAAAUCAAAAAAUACAGGUGAAUGGAAAUAAAUACAAUUUUCAAGUUUGAGGGAAUUUUAAAAUGAAGGGAAAUAGCAAGAACCUCUUCUCUGAGGAAUGUACCAGUUGUUUUCUUUUGGCUUUCUAUAAGAGAUCACAUAGCUUUGCUGUUAUUUUAAAUUUUCAGUACAUAUAGGAUGUGCUAAAUUCACCAACUGCCUGGGAUGAGAUUAGGGGCUGUUGCUGAGUGCCUGAGUCAGGACGUGCAUGAGAGCACCAGGAGGUGUUCAUGAAGCCAUGGCACGUGCUGUCGGACUUCAGGUGCUGUGAAGUCUCAUCGCAGGUAGGGUGUAGGUUUUAAAGGCAGGGCAAGGUGAAGUGCAUGCAGUUAGAAUUACCUUUGAAAGCCCCGUUUCCAUUAGCCUUUGCUGCUGCUGCCCGUAGCCAGGCCACCUCAAUUAUUGAGGUCGUCUUCUAACGGUUCUUUGUUCCUUGCCAAACUCUCCUGUCGCCUUGCUUCCGCAGUGCCCAGGAAGAUCUUGUAAAAUGUAAACCUGAACACCUCAUUCCUCUGCCACUCCCUUACCUAGCUCCCUGCCCCUCAGUGAGAGCCAGGCUCAGCGCUGCCUGCAGGGCCUGAGUGAGGGGAGGCUGAGCGCACACUCUUGGCCGCUCUCCUGCUGCCCGUGGUGUGGCUGCCACGCUGUAUUGGCCAUCCCUUCUUGCUGUUGCAGGUUAGCUCCCGCCUUGGCACCUGUGCCCUUGCUCGUCACGCAUGUCUGCGUCUGAAAGUGCUGCAUGAAGUAACUGACUUGGAGGAGACACUGUGCACAAGUCUGAGGGGAGAGCUGCCUGAGUUGGACAUCCUUUCCCCCUCCGGGGUGUAACUGCAGCGAAGCUUCACAGACUGUCCUGUGAGAUCAUGAAUCAGGCAGAUAAAAAUCAACAAGAAAUCCCAUCCUACCUUAGUGAUGAACCGCCAGAAGGUGCCAUGAAGGACCAUCCGCAGCAGCAGCCAGGCAUGUUAUCCCGAGUGACCGGGGGUAUCUUCAGUGUCACUAAGGGAGCUGUUGGCGCCACCAUUGGUGGUGUGGCUUGGAUUGGUGGGAAGAGUUUGGAGGUGACCAAGACAGCUGUUACAACUGUGCCUUCCAUGGGAAUAGGGCUGGUGAGAGGGGGCGUGUCCGCUGUGGCUGGAGGCGUCACAGCGGUGGGGUCUGCCGUUGCCAACAAAGUGCCCUUAACAGGAAAGAAGAAAGACAAGUCUGACUAAGAUAACGGAGAUACACUUGCUCUCCACCGAAUUACGAUGCCAGGGGCAUUGAAUUGCUACGUCAUGGACUACAACCAAGUCACCUGUUUUGGAUGCUCAUCUUCUAAACUGCUGUGUUGAAAGUAUUGAUGACUGGCUCUCAGCUAAAGAGACCAAUACUAGCACACAGUGUAUGAAGGGUUCUCAUACUUCAGUUCGAGCUUUUUAUCUGGUAAAAUGUUAUACUCACUCAGUUGUAACUGAAGAUAUGGUAUGUCUGAAUAUUUCUCAUAAGUCUUUGAGUUUGACUAAAAUGUGAAAGUUGAAUUUCGUAGAUGAUCUUUACAGUUCCAUAUGUACAGUGUGCCAGGUAACUGUGCCCCUUGCCAAGGGAACCUUGGACUCCAUAAACUGUACCUUUGACGUGCCUAAUAGUUUCAGAUGUCUUAGUUUUUUAAAACAAUAGUUGUUCAAGCCAAAAGGCAUUCUUUUCCUGUUUAAGCUGGCAAAAUAGCGGGAAUUGGAGAAGUGUAAAAGUUAAAUGGUUUGAUACAAGUUAUCUUGGAUCUUUUGUUAGAUAUGCAUCCUGCUCAUUUAAUCAUUGAUGCCUUACGAGAGAAAACAUCUUUUCUAAUACCUUCAUAUGUGCAGUUCUUACAAUUAUCUUUGGAUUCUCUUGAAGGUUGUGAAAUAGGUUUUCCCUCUUAAGAAUCUCAGGAGUGGGGGUCUGUGGCUGAGACAGCGCUUGUGAACAGUUAGUCAGAUCGUGCACUCGGACCCGCGUGCAUGCUCACCAUUAACACACCUCACAGUGCCUAAGGAAUGUCUGUCUCCUAGCUGUGUUAGAAGGUUUCCUAUUGAGGAGGAACAGAUGUUAAAGUUUCUAAGAAGUACUUAAAGCACGCAGGAUAUAAAGAGUCCUUCACGCCUGUUCUUUUGGUAAAAUGUCUUAAAGUAGCAGUACGCCCUUUAAAAAACAAAAGGGACCACAAACAUUUGAGGACUGACUUUCGAAUGAAAUGGGCUCCAUAGAUCAGUUUUGAAUGAAAAUAGGUGUGCUUUUAAUGAUUUCUGUAGGCUUCUAAAAUAUGUUGUCUUCUAGACAGUCUUGUGAAGCAGCUGUACACUGUGCUGUUUUCCAGCCACUUUCCAGCAGGGAACUGGAGUUUUGAUGACAGAUGGGAAGCAUGUGGUGUCUCAGCAUGCUGCCAUCGUGGCUUGUCCGUUCCCAGGACGAUAACUUGGCUGGAAUAGUUUCUGUGCUCAGCUUCACGAGCAUGCUAACUAGUGGCAUAUGUAUUUGGCAUUCCUCUUUCACCUGAGGGUCAUAACCCAGGCCUGAGGAGUCUCAGGUCUGGAGUUGUGCACAUUCUCUCCCCUCCAAGGAGGAGGCAGGCAGCCUCAGCCUGCUGUAGUUAAGUCAGGACCGUGUCUGUGGGAAUUCAGACAGAACACUCCAACACCUGAGGGGGAAAUGCUCGUUUGUAAACCAUUAGAGUACUGCAUUAGUAAUAUGGAUUAACAGAUGGGUAAGAUGAUAACCUUUAAAAGCUUUCAUAAAGACCAACAGGGAUUUUGAGCAAAUCUACAAAAGUUCUGGAACUUUUCUGCUUAUACAAAACUGAAAAAUUCAUUAAGGAGUUCAAUCAAAUGGGUCAUUUAGUUCAUGCAAUAUAUUGUUGGUUUAUUCUGGUCAAAUGUUUUAAUUAUCAAACGGGAUCUUUUUUAAAAACUCCAAAAGUAAUAGUUGAAUGCUAAAUUAUCUAAAUAAUGGUAUUGGAGAACUUGAUUCCUAUUUUGAAGAAAUUACUGCUUCCUUGCUAGUUUGUAUUUCUAACUUAUCUUCUAUAGUCAUAGGCUCUGCUGUGCUUUGUACCCGAAUUUCUUCUAAGUAUAGACUUUGGUUUACUGUAUGCUUGCCUAUUUAUAUUUCCAACUUUGCUUGUUCUUAAAAUUGCUAAAGGAAAAAUGGUUAUAAUUUCUCCUACAGACAAGCCACCUGGUACAUUUUAUCUCAUCAAGAUUUUCUGCAGCUUGAAGCUACAACUUAGUUGAGAGGGGCAAUCGGUGCCGCGUGGGUGUGGCCUCAGGUGCUUCCUCUCCUACGCCUUCCCAGGUAUGCGUAGGCCAGCAGCUGGCCUGAGACAGGACCACCUCACUUCCGGAGACUGAGCCUGGAGUCGCCUGGAGGCGUCUGUUGUUCGUUUACCUUCUGAGUGGGUAUUUGUGACCCAGGACCCAUCUAAAAUGUUGACAUUACAAAUCCUGUACUAGUGAAAUGUCAGAUGAAAUGAUUGAAUACUUUCUCUGUAUUAAAGGGAUGGGCAAAGAACACAUGAAUUGUUAGUAAAGCACUAUGGUCUGCAAAAAAUGUAACGUUUUGUAAAGAUCUAAAGAAAUAAGGGAAAACUUUGGACAAUCUUAAAAACCUUUAGUUACAUAGCAGUUCAGUAUGUGCUGUGAUCAGUCUUUAAUUUUUGUGGUGAUAAUGUACAAACCUGACAUCCCAGAAUAUGUAUUUUGAUGCCAACACAACAGUGAAAUACAGAUAUAUUUUAAGCAACUCUAAUAAAGAUUAGAAAUGCGGAA